AUGACUGUCUAUUCCUUCUAUAUCUUUGACCGCCAUGCGGAAUGCAUCUACAAGCGCCGAUGGCUUCCGCGCCCGACAUCCGUCGUGGGCAAGCCCCAAGGUGGACCAACAGGUCAGACUGUACGAGCAAGCGAUGACGAUGCGAAGUUGGUAUUUGGUACCGUGUUCUCACUGCGAAACAUGGUGCGCAAGCUAGGAGGUGACGAUGACAAUUUCAUCUCAUACACCACCAGCCAGUACAAGCUGCACUAUUAUGAAACCCCGACAAAUAUCAAAUUCGUUAUGGUGACGGAUCUCAAGAGCCCAAGCAUGCGUAUCGCCCUGCAACAGAUCUAUAUCAAUCUGUUUGUGGAAUAUGUGGUCAAAAACCCAUUGUCUCCAGUCGAACACCCUGGUGGCGUGGGUGUGAACAAUGAGCUAUUUGAAGAAUCAUUAGAACAAUUCGUGCAGACUCGGGUUCUAGCGUGA